CUGGCCGGUAACGUCCCCCUGCGAGGCUCUGAGGGGCCCCUGAGCUGUGCUGGGCCUCGCGGAGUCUUAGGGCAGGGUGGGCCGGAGCCAGCAGGGUACAGAUGCAGGGCGUGCACCCCGCACACACCCGGGGGCUCCUUCCCAAGACUUAACCAGCAUCACUCUCUCCUCCCAGGUCUCACCCCUUCUUCCCGGCCACCCUGGUCCCUGGCUGACAUCUGGAGCUUGGACGACUGGGCCACCCUCAGGCCCCGCACCGGCUCCUGACCUGCCCGUCUCCGUCAAAGCGCAAGGCCCAGCCGUGCCCCCCGGUGCGUGAGUAGCGUCUCCGCUGACGGUUGCUUUUCAAGGGCCCCACUGCUGCCCGCGGCCAGGGCCAGUGCACGGCGACCCCCUGGGCCUGUCUACCCGUCUUUCAAGUGGGAUUGGUCUUGAUCCUGGGUUUUCGCCCUGCACAGGCUGGGAGGGGUGGCCGUGGCUGGACCCAGAGCAUUGUCUCUGGUCUCCGCCUUACAUCUGGGGCUCUGAGUGAGAUGCUGUUUGUCUGCUGGGGCCGUGCGGAGGGGGCUCCCCAGAGGGGACGUGAGGCGGGCAAGCAGGACAGGAGGCUUGAGGCUUGGGAAGUGGCCGGUGCUGCAGGGGGUCGGCAGGGCUCCGGCCCUGCGUCCCUGGGGUGGGUCUUCCCCGUGUGCCUCGGCAGCCGCCCCUGUGCCCCCUGCACUGGACAGAAAGGAGGCGCCGGCCUGGACCACGGGGUGGGCUGUGCUGGGAUGGCCCCAGAACACAGGACGGCGCCUCGGGCCACCUGGUCGGAGGCUGCCCCGCCCUCAGGCCAGUGAGGACACAUACCCCGUCAGGCAGGAGGGCGUCAGGGCCGGAGCCUCGGGCAUAAGCCUUCCUAGGGACCGCCCGGAGCCCCCCGAAGGGCUGACAGGGCUUCUGGCAAGCGGGUGACUGGCAGCUCGGGCGCGAGGACGGUUCUGAAGAGGGUGCUGCCUGCCCCUCUCCCUGGCCUGCCCUCCAGGCCGGGGCUGCUUCCCAGGCGGACUUCCGCAUCCUGCCGGGCCGCCCUGCCCUCCUCGCCGCCUUUGUCUUCCCGGCGCCGUCCGCCCUCUUGUGUGCGAGGCUGAGGCCCGGCGCGGGGAGGGGACCGCUGCCCGCUGGCCCUGCGCGGCCUUGGCCGUGGCCACCCCGGGCUUGGCACCCGCCGACGUCUCGGUGAGGCGUCUGGGAGCCCCGACCCUGCCGCCCCAGACCUCCCCGCCAAGCGGGCGGAGACGCUGCAGACCACCCCCAGGAGAGCCGUUGUGAAAGCCGCACCCCCGGAGGGAGUCCCUGGCGGCCAGUGUGGACAGUUCUAGAAAUGACGGGGCGAGGGGAGUGGGCCCCCGGACACACCGCGCACGGAGGCAGCCCCGGGCCUCUGCCGGCCUUCGCACCCCCUUUCCUGCCUGAGGGCCUCGGGGCUCCGGGCUGGGCUCCGGGGUUCACGGUGUUCAGUUGGGCUUCCAGUGGCCCCUGUCCUUAGGAAGCAGGGGCGGGGGCUUCCUGGGGGAGGCGGCGCUCUGCAGCUGCGCUUCCCCUGGGGCCUGGGCUGCGGAUCGGGGUGCCUGCGCAGACCAGACCCCUGAGACCUCAGGCCCCCAGAGCGCCGGCCAGGCCGGGAGCACCAUCCCCUCCGUCAGGGCGGAGCCCUCUGCCUCUUGCCGCGCCCGCUGCUCUUGAGCCGGCACGGCGUGAAGCAGCGCCGCCCGACAGCACCCGGAGAUCGCAGGGGAAGCGGCGCGCGGAGCAGCCCCGGGGCGUCCAGGGAGCCUGGGCUGCGGGGCCUGGAGGGCGGUCGAGAGGAGACGCCGCUGCCCCAGGAGCCAGCGCAGGGCAGGGCCCUGCGACAAGGUCCUCCGAGGGCCGCCCGUGUUCGCAGAAACGUCCGCGUAAAGAAGCCGGGGCUUUGAGGAAAGUGCGUGGGUUCACAGGGACUGCGCCGGUUUCUCUGGCAGCAUGGGGCGCGCCAGGUGGACUGGGGGCAAGUUCUGCCCUGUGUUCUCUGGGUGACCAAGGUCAGGUCCUCGCUGGACAGCACACGUGUAGAAGAGCGCACAGUAGGGCCUCAGGAGCGGCGGGGUGGCUUCCCCAGACACCUACGGCCCAGCCAAGCCUUCCAGGCUGGGACAGUCACGGGAUGAGGCCCAGGUUUUUCCCAGACAGCCUCGCCUCGCAGUUCCCGGAGAGAACAUUCCGUCACCAUGAAGUGGGGUUUGCUCGGCUCCCCGGCCCCGGCCCCGGGAAACCCAGCCAAGGACAGGAUGGUGUAAUGCCCAGACCAGAGUCACGGGUCCACACGCCAGGCCAGGCCCAGAGCCUCCCGGGGGGCCAGGGGGCCCCGCAGCAGAAGGGCCCUCCUGAGGGGCUGCUGCCAGGUGGGGCUGCCCCAGAACGCGGUUUCACGCCGGGCAUUUUUAAUGUUGUGGUUGCAUCUGGUCCCCCCUCCCUCCCUCCCUCUCCUCGCCUUGUGACCCGGAAUGCGGCUUGCACUGAGAAUAUUUUCGGAUAAAUACACGCCUUUGAGGUUAAGACUGUUGCCUAAUGGUUAAGCACCAGAUGGACACACCCACAGGCUCAGAAGGGCUCUGCCUUCUGGCUUUUCCCUUUAGACUCUGAGCAAACCCUGCAGCGGUGAAGAGCAGCUUCCCCUGGUGAUUCCCCCCCUCCCGCCACCGGGCACAGAGGCACCUGGACCUUCCUCCCGACAGCCCUGGCAUCCUUGCCCUACUUUACAGAGGAAACGGCGGAGGCCAGAGGUGCUGAUUAACUUUGCCCGAGGCCAAUCGCUGGUUGGGGCCAAAGCAGGGGUCAGAACUGUGGCCUGGCAGCUCCCAGAACCAUCUAUCCCCACCCCCACCCCAUGCUCAUGGCCCCCGUGGGUGCAGGUAUGUCUGCAGAGCAGGGCUGGAUCCCGUUGCCUGGGCCAUCCGGGCCUCCCCGGCCAGCACCAGGCCCCCAGCUUCCUGGAUGCUAGGACUCUUGUGGGCUUUCAGACUCACACAUCUGUGGGCAGUGACACUCGGCUCCAGGUACGUGUCUGGCCCCUUCCCUGGGGAGUGGACAUUUCCCAUGCCUGGCCACCUUCCACUUAUGAGCUUGGAGCUCUCUGGGGACAGGAGAGCAGGGAGCCAAGGGCAGGGCACAGACUCCCGGGAUGGGAGACCCCGACCCAGAGCACACGGGCAUCUGUCUCGGGGAGGCUGGCAGGAAGGGAACCAACAAAAGAGCACCUUGGGCCCCUGGGAAGGAAGGCAGGCCUGGGGUGGACCCCAGGGGGCUGGGGCAGGGGCUCCUGUCUGGAGGCCCCACUUCCCCACCUGCGUGGCCUGCGCCGCCUAGAGGUGUGCAGGGCCAUGGGAAGAGCCUGGGGUCAGAAAUCUGGAUUCCGGUUCUAGUUUUGCCCCUCUGUCUCUGAGGGGUGCUCUUGGGGGCAGUGAAGCCACUGGGCCCCGUGCUCAGCUGAGCUGUUGGAACCUGAGGCAAAAGGAGGAGUUAGUAACCAUCCGUUGUGCCCUUAUUUAAGUUUGAUAUUCUUAUAUCAUGGGCCUUUUUGCAAUUUUUUAAAAUUUUAUAUUGAAAUAUUUGUCUUGAUUCCUGAGUUUUGGUGGCCCAUUCAGUGUGUGCCCGGCCCUGCCCGGGGCGUGAUGGGCACACAGCCCCUGCCCGGCCCGAGCUGGCCUCUGCCCGGCGCGCACGUCUCGUUAACUUUAUGGGCCGUGUUCGCAGGGAGACCCGGCCCCCGGAUGCCACCCCCAUGCCUUUUUCCCAGACUCCACUGUUGGCACGGCUUGCCGAGCAGAAACACCGGCCGCUUUAUGGGGAGAAACCUAAUCGGGGCAGCAGUGGGGGCCAGCCACGGGGGGGGUCCCGGCUCCCGGUGGCCCCAAGCCAAGCCCGAGGUGACUGCAGGGUGACACCGUCUGUCUGCCUCGCUCGCUCCAGACAUCCGCCUGGCCCUGAAAAGGCCACCUGCCCACUGAGGCCUCCCACACACCUGUCCCCGGCUGGCCUGGCUCCUCCCAGCCCGGGCCUGCCCGGCGCCCUGCCCGCAGGCAGACACUGGGGACUGGGGCUGAGCCGGCGGUGGCAGAUGGCCGGGCGACUGCCGACUGCUCGCUCCCCGCAGCCCUGCUCAGGGAGCCCUUUUCACGCCGCAUUGCCUGCUCCUGCCACCAUCCCGUCCAGGCUGACUGGGAAGGGUCCCUUUGGAGCUCGCAGACCCCUGCCAUCCCGCCGGAAGAGGGGAGGUCUCUGCCGUCCCUCCCUGGGCCAAGACCCGUGGUCGCUUCUAGGACUGUGGGGCAGGAGGGCCAGCAAAUCAUGUCCCCUGACACAUGGAAUUGGGGCCACCUCCCAGCUCAGAAAUGUCUCCACGAUCAGGUCACAGACCCAGAAAUGUCAUUGCUCCUCCUUCCCCCCAAACCUGGGUUGCUGGCUAAAGAAAGAGCCAGGUUGUGUGGGAGCUGUGCCUUGGUGGAUAAAGCCAGAGUUCAGGGGACCCUGCCGGGGGUACGGUAUCUGCCUCCUGGUCACCUGGAUAGGCUGUGAAUGUGCAGGAGCCCGCCUGGCCCUCAUGGAGAGAGGAAGUCCCCACCGUCCGUGGGCACCUUCACGGGCACCGCUCACGUCAGCUACAUGCCUGCCGCGGGUCCGGGUGUCCAGGUGUGAGGCCUGGAGCCUAGGAGCGCAAGGCCCAGUCCCAGAACGAGGGCAGAGCGAGGAUUCGUCUGGGCGCCACUGCCCUCCCCCGGCCUCCCGAUGGGCAGUAAGAGAGGGGCACGUGUGUGGGGAGCACAGGGUCUUCAUGGCAAGGAGAGGAACAAUGGGGCGGUCCCUCCUGUCACAGGACAGGCCAGGGCAGGGGCCGAGAGCCCUCCGCUGUGAUCCUAAUACACAGGCCGCUGCCAUCGACCUGAGAUGCACAUGGCGCCCCAGCGCAACCCUGACCCCCGUCCCCCUGCUGCUCUCCUCCUUCCCCCCUCCAGGAGAUGCCUCUGGGAGCCACGACGUCCCUCCAGGCGCCAAGACUGACGGCCCUUUGGGCCUGGACUUUGCCUCAGAUGCAUUCCUGUGGCCAGCACUGGGCACCAGGAGGAGUAGCCCCGGGCCCGAGGGGGACUGGGCCAACUGA